AAAAGUGAAAAUGAAAUUAAAAUUGUUGAAUAUUUUUAUGGUUUUAAGUACCGGAAAUUUUAUAAAUUUUUGUUCAGCAGGUGAAAAUGCUGAUCAUGUAAUUAUUGAAACGGAAAAUAUAAAAAGUGAUAGUCGGGAAGGAAGGGCAAUAAAUGCAGCAGCAACAUAUCGUCUCGCAUGUCCUGGAUUAAGUGAAUGUGUUGCAUUACGUGAUUGUCCUCAACUAUUAGUUGAAGCGACAUCAAGGUGCUAUAAUAGUGAUCGUAGCUUAUUUUGUGGAGCAAAUCAAAACUAUGAACCGUUUAUUUGUUGUCCAGUAAGCUACACAACUCCAUCAUUCCAAGGAGAGAGCACAAACACAAAUAGCAACGUCAAUUACCAAGACAAACUAUCCGGAGCUUGCGGAAAAGCAUUAAUUCAGGGAAGUUACUAUAAAAAGCUUGGAGCAUUUCCUUUCGCAGCCCGAAAAAUUGAGCUCAUUGAUGUAUCACAAAGUUUUAAUCUUUUGCCUGGUUCACAUACUGAUUAUAGUUGGAAUGACAUUGUAGGCUCAUUAUUGAAUCAAUUUGCGCAAUUAUCCAAAAAUUUAAAAGCCUCAAUAACUUUAUUUUUUGACUUUGAUUACUUCACAGAUUUAAAUAACGGAAAUUUGGUAUAUCCCUGUACUGGAUCAAUUAUUUCAAGACGAGUGAUUCUCACAGCUGCACAUUGUGCACUUGCUAAAGCUGAUGGACAUAGAUUAUCAUCUGUAAGAAUUGGUGAAUUUGAUUAUAGCAAAGAUCCUGAUUGUGCUGAAUCAGGAUUUUGUGCACCACCUGCAAUUAAUCAUGCUAUUUCUCAUGUUGUCGUACAUCCUGACUAUAUCAAUGGGCAAUAUCAUCAUGACAUUGCUCUGUUGAUACUAAGAACGCCUAUUAAUUAUACCAUUUCCGCACAACCGAUUUGUUUGCAACGUGAUCGUACUGGAUUAACAGUUGGAAAGAGAGCAACAGUUAUUGGAUGGGGCAAAAUUUCAUUGUCAAAUGUUCGAUCGUCUGAGAUGCAGUACUUAGAGCUUCCAUUAGCAUCGUGGGAUCAAUGUUUAAGAGUUUAUGGAUCGUCUGGUGCUUUAGAUUCACAAAAGUCCAUUGAAGGACAAUGGAUGUGUGCAGGCGGUGAAGGAAAAGAUGUUUGUUCCGGUUUUGGUGGUAGCUCACUGUUUAUCACAGAAAAUUCAAUAUCAUAUCAGAUUGGCAUAAUGAGUUUUGGAUCAGAGAAUUGUGGUGGAUUAAGGAUACCGAGCGUUUAUACAUCAGUUGCACACUUUUAUAAUUGGAUUCAAGACAAUGUUCCAGUGGAAUGAAGAGUGUCAUUAAUUUAUUAGAUUACUUUGAAAGAGACAUGUUAAAAUUUUUAAAAAACAAGAAAUAAACAAAUCGACAUUAAAAUUAGUUAAAUAUUAGAAGCAUUAUUAUUCUUAGAACUAAAAUUUUGAUUCCUAUUAACAAUGAAUGUAUAAAAUAUUUAAAAUCAUUCAUCAUCAUGCUCAUUAAUGACUGCUAAUUGAUCAAAUUGACUAUUGUUGUGUUCAACUGGCAAAUCAUCUAAAUGUAUCACUUCCAUUUCAUUCAUUAGAAUAUCAUUAUCUUCUUGAUGCCUUAAAAUCCUUCUAAUUCUAUGUCUAUAAUACAGAAUAAUGGCACCUAUGCUAAUAACUGUUACCAAACUACUUAUAAUAGACAUAAUUAGUCCAAUUGAAGAUUUGUCAUUUGGAUCGAUGACUUUGUAGUGAUGCCAAUCUGUAAAUGAUCCUUUCUGUGCUAGAGAUUCUGCUCUUAUUCGAAAUAUGUAAUCUCCUGGUAAGAG